GUUUCAGAACUUCCAGGCAGCUUUCCCUCUCAAAUUCCCGUCCCGCCCGUAGAAGUCCGAUUCGCAAAACUCUCCCAGAGAGGAAAGGAAUGGCGACCUCGCCACCUCACUCGGAUGCUCAACUCCUUCCUGCUCCGGAAGCUGACUCUCAGCUCUCCUCUCUCGUCUACGAUAUGUUGCAACAAUUCCAAGGGGCAAUGGAGAGCAUGCUUAAAAUGAUUAAUGAGAUUGAUCAAAACUCUACUGGAAUAAUGGAAGAGAUGGAGAAAUGCAAAGAUUCUGCUCUUGAGAGGAAGAGGACCUUGGAGGAAGAGAAGGAACGAUUUCAGAAAGCUGCUUAUACUGUCUUGGACAUGCUCAACAGCGGAGAUUAAAAGUUGUAAGUGGUACUACUUUCCACCGGUAGCCCUUUGAGUCUUGAUGACAGAUAUGAAUUCAAAGAGAACAAUGUCAUGCUUCUGAAAUACUUGGAAGAUGGUUGAAAUCAUCACUUGCCCAUGGCAAUGGAUUACUAAGGUGGCAUUUGAUCAAAUAUUAUGUUAGUGUUCAAAAAAUAAACAAGUGGUCAUUCUCUCUUAAAGCCCUCAACUCCUCCACUUCUGAGCCAUCAGCCAUGAGAACUUUGCUUCCUCUUUUGCCAAACUUUUUCUCUGCAUUGACAAAAUGUAAGAGUAUAUCAGUCUGGUGAGUCCUCUCUUGUUUAAUUCAAACGAAUAGUGAAUCAGUAAAUUGACAUAGAGUGAGAGUAGAAAAUUAAUAAUCCCUGUAGUCUAAAUAAUUUGGACAUAUGUCAAAGCACUGAACCCUAGCCCAUCUAUGGUUGACUCAGGAGAUCUCAUUAAUUCAAUUUUAUAUAGUCACAGUCCCUCUGAUUUGUUGGUGAAACAUUUAAAAUGUAUUUUGGACUUGUAUGUUUUCUGCCGAGGAUAUCUCACAGUAUCUUGAUAGUGAAUCAUUGAUUGGUUAAGUCCUUUAGCAUGUCUUCUAGUAAUGAUUCAUGAAAAAUACUAGCAUUUGAGAAUCUUUUGGAGGUAUGCAUGUGUGGUAAUACCUGCUAAUCUGAAAAGGCCUUCUAUUGAGUCAGGCAGAUUUAUAAGCUUUCCCAUCAUGUCAUCUUCCUUUGCAUUUUCAUUCGGAUGAUGCCCAUGGACUAUCACCCUUAUGGAAAAUGUGCUUGUUAUUGAUUUAGAAGUUUCUUCUGUUCCUGCAAGACAGUAGCUUGAAUUCUACAGAAGUUCACAAAUUCCUAAGAGUUCUUAAAUUAGCAUUUAUUUAGAAAAAUCUGUAGCAAUCUUGACUUGUAUCUGUUGGUUGCAAGCCCAGUAUGUUAUGUGCACUAAUUGAAGGAUUGAUCCAAGGGGCAGCCAGUAUGUUCUGCUCAUGAAAGUAUGCCAGUUGUGGGUAAUCAUGAGAAACCAAGCAGGGUCUGGGACAUUAUAUGUAACUCUUACCUGAUAGUCCGCGUCUCACCUACAUCCGAGUUAAAAAGUGUGCACUAAUACUAAUAGCUGUCUCUUAAUUUUAUAUUGAAUGAGGCUUUAGGUUACCUUCUACAUUUGGAUCCCCAUGAUAACUUGAGGCUUCAUGAUCGUGAUCGUGCGUGCCCUCAUUUGGCGCUGUAUGCUGCAAAGAAUAUGCGUUGAUUAUCAUUGCCAAAUUAUUACAACUGGAAUUUGUAACAGUGCCUGGGAAACAAUGACAUGUCUGUAACCGGAAUGACAAAUAGAUCAGAGGAUGACAUGUUCACGAAUAGCUAGGAUUGCAUUGUACCUGUCUAAGUGCCACAGAAUUUCUCUUACCUGUUAAAAGUUUGUUUUCCUGUAUAUAUGGAAUGAAGACUCAACUUUGGUGAAGUUUGAGUUUUUUUUUUUCUUCCUUCAUUGCCCCCCUCCCUCCUCUCCCAUUUUGUACGGAAGCAUUCCCAUCAAAAUUGAGGUUAAAAUGGUAAAGUUUUAAAUCCUUCCUUUUCCCUUUAAAUGCAUUACUUUCCUUUCUGGGACAUUCUCAAAUAUUCUGUUUCUAAAAGGGGAAGUUCUUCCAUCUUUAAUUCCCUACGUUACACUUGUUUUUUCUUGAAAAAUAAAAACAGAUUCUUAUUUGCAUUUGUCAAGCUGUGGUCCAUUUGUUAUAUGAGAAUAUUUUAACCAUUUUAGAUAUUUUAGAACACAAUAUCAACUUACUAUAAUUGAAAGUACUUAUAUAUGACAUAUUGACCCCUUAAAAUUGUGGUGCAAAAUGAAGUCACAGGUUCAAUCUUUUUUCUGAUAUAAUGAAUGUAUUUUGUUUAGUUGGCAUUCCAAGGAUGUGGUAAAUCUUGCUCAUUAACACCCAAAUAAGAAGAAUCAGGUCUGCAAGCAUAGUGUAUAUAUGGAAAAUUAAAGAUUAUAUACCUCUGUGGUCAGGCCACCUAGCAAUUCUGUUACAUAGGGUAUUUCCUCUAGCAUCUCUUGUUUUAAGCCCUUCAAGUACUGUGUGGAAAAGUCAGUAUAAACAAAUACAUCUGACAUUAGAGUGAGAUAUAAAAAUAUAAAGAAGGAAGAAAGAAUGGAUUCUACAGCUGCCAGCUAUAUUUUGAAGCCAAAAUCCAUGGCUAAAAUUGCUUUGUGUUCAGAUCAUGAUAUCUAUCCAUACAAAAAUAAGGUCUUGCUUUAUUUUCACACCAAACCAUAAGGGUUCUUCUGCUGUGUCAAUAUCAAAGCAACCCUACAUGUGCUUGUUUAAAAGUUGUUUCAACUUCUUUAAGUCUCCAUAUGGACUUUCCAGGGAGAAGUAAUUUUCCCUAUGACUUCUUUUGUGAUGCCUGAUCUGUUUAAUUUCUUGAUAAAGCAUUGAUUCUGAUUAUAGCUGAGAAUAGAACAGAUCCCAAUUUUUAAAACCUGAAUGAAGUUGGAGAUAAUUGUCUUUCCAUCUUCACUAUAUGGUUGCAGCAUUUGCUUGAAAUCAUGAUGACUGAGUCUAAUGACCUGGGACAGCCUCCUGGUUCUCACUGUAAAAGGUUGGGGGAUAUUGAAAAUCACCCCAAUUUCCCCAGCCAUGUCUGCAGAUCCGAGCUUUGACAAAAACUGAAAAACUCAUAUGAGUUCAUUCAAAUAACAUAAAAAUUGUGUUGGGUCACUUUCAGAAAGGUUAAUGGUUUGCUGCUUAAAAUAUGAGCAGAAUCUCCCCGGCAUCAUCUCUUUUCUUUUUUGUGUUAGUUUUGAGGGGUGAUCUUUUGGAACUCUCUGCUCUAUGCCAAUUUCAGUCUUGUUUUUUAUUUUUGCUAUGUAAUUUUAUCGUGCGCAAUUUUAUAUAUCGUGUUGAUAGUUGUGAUGGACACUUUUCUUAAUGAGUAUAUUCCCCCAUCAUGGACCUGGUUUACACUAUAUUUUUUCAAUUUUCGAUUGCAGGUUGCUGUUGAAAGUGUAUAGUGACAAGAAUUGGUCUUUUUUUUUUAGAGAAAAUGUGGCCUUUCAGCAAGUCUGAUGUGGUUUGUUGCAUCUUCUUGUAGAUACACUAAAAACUAUCAGUAGUCUGUCAGAUGUAGUUUUGAUCCAGAAUUUGCAUCAAGGGCAGGACAGUCUCUCUAUGAUUGUUCCUCUUCUUAAAUUCUUAUUUUGUGCAAAAAUAUGUGAUUUCCUAUUAAAAUUUGUAAGCCUUUUUUUUUAUUUGUUCACUUUGAUGUGAUGUGAAUGAAAUCUCUGGGUUACAUGAUGAUUAGGAUGUACAAUGCAACAUAAGUUUCAAGAGAAUUACUUUUUGUCUGAAUUA